AUGGCUUCCAGCGACCAACGCGAGAAGUGGAACGCCACCUUACCCCUCGUCCUCCUCGGCAUCCGGACGUCCCUCAAGCAGGACCUUCACCACUCUUCUGCCGAGCUCGUAUACGGCACCACUCUUCGACUCCCUGGCGAGCUCCUUACCAGCUCACCCGACGCCGGCCCCUGCAGCGUCCAAGACUUCGCCAGCAGUCUUAAGGAGUCGAUGAGAAGCCUGCAGCCGGUGCAACCUCGCACGCACCCCGCCAAGACCUUCGUCAGCCAGGACCUCGAAGACUGCACACACGUCUUCGUCAGGGUUGACGCUGUCCGUCAACCACUACAGCGCCCCUACGAAGGCCCCUUCGAGGUCCUCCGCAGGACGAGGAAGAACAUCACCAUCAACAGAAACGGCUCUUCCGACGUCAUAGCCAUAGACCGAGUCAAGCCCGCCUACAUCCUGCACACCCCGACGGCACCUCACGACCCGACAUCGCCGGCCACGCCUUCAGCACCACGCGCCACAGCUAAGCAGCACGUAUCGUUCGUCGUGCCUCCUCACUCGGGGGAAGUUAUGUAG